AUGGAACAAUCAAUCGAUAAUCCUAUCGCUUCACGUACUCGAUCACAGACACAUACAGAAAAUACCGAUUUCAACGAAAUUGACUUAGUACAACAAGGAGAUAAUAUGGAACAGUUAACAACAAAUAUCGAUUCAUUAUCGUUUAUAUCUAAUACUGAUAAAGAACAUCAACAAUUCCAUGACGUAGAAAAGAAAUGUUUAAUACAUUCUCCAAUCCAGGAAACAAUUGACAAUAUCAAAACUGACGGUGGAUCAUCGCAUUCAAAUACUCUAUUACAACAAUUACGUGAAACAUUUGCUGCCGAAUUAGCUCAAACACAGAAAGUUAUUGAAGAUCAACGCUAA